AUGAGUGAAGAUAAUACAGAAACCGCUUCUCAACUCCCUCAGAAGAGAGCAUUGCCCUUAAAUGAUCUUGUACACCAUGAACAAGAUGAAAAUGUCAAAGUACAAAAGGUAACGGAAAACACAGAGGAUGUCAACGAGAAUGAUGACGUCGCAACUGCAACUGCCAAGGCGGAGUCAGAACAGAUUUCAGUAGCCACAGCAGUUCCAGAAGUCGCCUCGAUUGAACCAACACAGCCUUACGAUGAUUCAGAUACUGAUACUGACGACAAUGGUGAGAUUAAUUUUGAUUCCAGCAUGGCAUUCGAUUAUGAUAAACAAGGUAACCCUUCUCCAGAAAAGCCUGUACCAAAACAUCACCAUACAAAAGUUAAACAAUCCAACUCAAAGACCAAGCUGAAUACCCUUGCCAAAAGUGAAUCCAAAGAAGAAUUACCCAGGUCUCCUAAGGAUACAUCUAAACACGAUGAAGUUACUAAAUUUAAAACUGAACACUCUAAAACUGAAACAAAUGAAACUCCUUCCGAGACUCCUGCUAACGGUGAGAAAGGAGAAUUAAAAGUUGGGAAGGAAAGUUUGGAAGGAACCACUGAAAAUAAAGAAUUAAAAGUUGGGAAGGAAAGUUUGGAAGGAACCACUGAAAAUAAAGAAUCCAAGGUAUCAGAGAAGAAAUCGAAAAACAAAGCUAAAUCUGAAGAGCCUAUUAAGGUUGAUAAUAUUUUUAAAGAGAAACCUUCAACAAAAUCUAAGAAGCAAAAUUUAAAAAAAGAUCUUGAACUCUUAAAAGAAAUCAAUGCUGAUUCAAAACCAAAUAAAUAUAAAAACGCACCUAUGUGGGCUCAAAAAUGGAGACCUUCUGUUAAAGCAUUGGAAAAAGUAGAUACUAACGAUAUAAAACUUGACCAAUCCAUUUUGAAUUUUAUUCCAGAUGACGAUUUAACAAAAGCAGUGCAAGAUUGGGUUUAUGCAACUAUAUAUUCAAUAGAUCCGGAGUUAAGACAGUUUAUUGAAUUUGAAAUGAAAUUUGGUGUCAUUGUGUGCGGAAAUAGUCCUGAUAGAGUUAAUCCUCCAGUAUCUACGCAAGCAGUAUAUACAGAAAUGGACGGCCAUUUAACGCCUAAUGUCGAUAAAAUUUUAUUCAAUGAAUUGACUAAAUAUCUACAGGGAUUAACCAAACUAACAGAAAAUACAGAUAAAUUUGGCACUAUCGAAUCUCAUACAAAAGACUCUGUUUAUAGAGUUGGUGUAUCAACUCAGAGGCCUAGAUUUUUGAGAAUGAGUACUGAUGUCAAAACUGGCCGUGUUGGACAAUUCAUAGAAAAGAGACAUGUUUCACAAUUAAUGUUAUAUUCUCCUAAAGAUAAUUAUGACGUAAAAUUGUCAAUUAAUCUAGAAUUACCAGUACCUGAAAACGAACCACCUGAAAAAUAUAUAAAUGAAGAAACAAUUAAUGAAAGAACGAAAGAACGUAUAAGUUUUAUACAUAAUGAUUCAUGUACUAGAUUUGAUAUAACUAGGGUUUCAAACCAUAGACAAGGUAUAAAAGGUAAUGAUACAGAAGUAACUCAUGAAAUAGAAUUAGAAAUCAAUACACCAGCGUUGUUAAUGGCAUUUGACAAUAUCGCAACGAAUAGCAAUGACUAUGCCUCUAUAAUAAGAACAUUCUUGAGCAAUGGCAGUAUUGUGAGAAGAAAACUUACUUCUUUAUCACAAUCUAUCUAUGAGGGGUCUAAAAAAGUUAUGUAA